CUUUCAACAAAAAGCCAAAUUAAAGUUCUCUCUCUUCUUCCUCCACCGCUUCCUUCAUCUCUGCAAAUUUUUUGGUUGAAGAAGAUGAGUCUUAAUAGUUGCUACGCAGCACCACCUCUUAGAAGGCUUGAAGGGAAGGUGGCGAUCAUCACCGGCGGCGCGAGCGGGAUCGGAGCCACCGCUGUGCGCGUUUUCCAUCAGAAUGGAGCUAAAGUGGUCAUUGCAGACAUCCAAGACGACGUCGGCCAGAAAAUCGCCGAUGAACUCGGCGAUGAUGUCAGCUACGUCCACUGCAACGUCUCCAAGGAAGAAGACGUCAGCAAUCUAGUGGAUGCUGCUGUGUCUCGGCAUGGAAAGCUCGACAUCAUGUACAACAACGCUGGGGUCAUCGACCGUCCCUUGGGCGGCAUAUUGGAUGUAACAGAAUCGGACAUAAAAAAGGUGUUGGGAGUGAACGUGAUGGGGGUAGUUUGGGGGGCGAAGCACGCGGCAAGGGUGAUGGUACCAGAGAAAAGGGGGUGCAUUUUAUUCACCGGGAGUGCAACGACGAGCAUCGCAGGGCUAGCAACGCACCCGUAUGCAGCAUCGAAAUACGCAGUUUUGGGGUUGGUUAGGAACUUGGCAGUGGAGCUUGGGCAGCACGGGAUUAGGGUGAACUGUGUUUCGCCGUACACGGUGGCGACAGGAAUCGCAGGACCGAAAGAUGCGACGCAGGUAGCAACGAUGGAGAGCAUGGUGAGCGAGUGGGGGAACCUCAAGGGACGGGUACUAAAGACCGACGAUAUAGCGAAAGCUGCCCUUUACCUAGCUAGCGAUGAAGCCAACUAUGUGAGUGGACUCAAUCUUGUGGUCGAUGGAGGAUAUAGUGUCGUCAAUCCUACAAUGUUCAAGGCUCUUAAGCUCAUAGAUUGAAAUGGAAAUUUAGGGAUUAAUUCCUUUCUUAAUUUGUUAUGCUUAAACUAAACUUGGUCAAUUGAACUUUUGGAAUGAAUAAUUUAUGGAUUUGGAAUA